UGGGGGAUGAAUUGAGCUCUGGCAUGUCAGCGAAACUGCAGAGCGCUCACCUGCUUCACUACUGAUGUCCGCGUUCAUAUUUACUGCUUUUAAUCCUUUAAAAUAACCUUUAUUAACUCUGUUCACAAUGCUGUCUAUUUUCACUAAGAUAAAAACGCGCGUGGAGGCUUUUCUCAACGAGAAGAACAUCGUCACGGACUGUUUGAACAAAAUCGAGGAAAAGACUGGAAUUAAAAAGCGCUACCUGGCCAUAGGAGCUGUUUCUGUUACUGGACUGUAUCUGUUGUUUGGGUAUGGAGCCUCCCUGCUCUGCAACUUGAUUGGUUUUGUUUAUCCUGCAUAUUUCUCAAUAAAGGCUAUUGAGAGUCCCAAUAAGGAAGACGAUACACAGUGGCUCACGUACUGGGUGGUGUAUGGAUUCUUUGGUGUGGGUGAAUUCUUCUCUGACAUCUUUCUCUACUGGUUUCCUUUUUACUAUGUAUUCAAGUGCCUGUUCUUGUUGUGGUGCAUGGCCCCCUUCUCCUGGAAUGGCUCUCAGGUGCUGUAUAAUCACUUAGUACGGCCAUUUUUCCUCAAGCAUGAGGCGACUGUGGACAACAUGGUCAGCGACCUUAGUGGGAAGGCCAUGAACGCUGCAGAGUCUGUCACAAGAGAGGUUAUUCAGAGUCUGGCGAAAAACAGGAUUCCCUUAUCUGAGAGAAUGGAUACAUCCAAACAGCUUCCCAGUACAUCUCGUAAUGAACCCACUGUAGACUAAAAUCUUUGCAGGUAACUGCAUCCUCUCAGGUGAACUCAUGACCUCUUAGAUGCAAAUCAACCACCAGGACUUAUACACAAUGGGAUUGAAUAUGUUGUGUUAUGUAAGAUACAUUAUGUAAAAUACAAAUAGAUUGGUGACAACUCAGUGUUUCAUUUCAAUCCUGUAUUAUUUAAGGUAGUAUCCGAAUACUGUAGAAUUAGAAUAACUGUGGAUAACAAUAAUAACUGUUUCAGUUUUAGCUGUACUGUUUUCACUUCAAAAAUGUGCUUUAAUGCAAUGGAAGUCUUCAACUCUGCUGGACAGGAUAUUUUCUAUAAAAUGUCCUAUUUUAAUGUGUACACCUUUUCCUAGUAUAUCAGAUCAGCCAAACAUUCCUCUCCUUUUAGGUACAGACCACAUAAUAGAACACAAUACAACUAACAUUCUGAAGUAUAGUGUGUUACUAUUAUUUUUUUAUAUUGGUAUUAAAUGUCAUCAUUUUGUUUAAUUAUUAAUAUUUUUUGUAACUUUAACAAAAGUCCACAACUUUAACUGAUUUUCAAUAAAUUUGUUUUGUAUUUAA